GCGCGGUCACGGCGGCGGCGCGCGCGUGCUCCGUCGGUCGGUGCGGCGGCGGCGGCUGUGGUGGAGCGGGCCAUGGCUGUGGGUGGCGGGCCGGUGUAACGCCGCGCGGGGCAGGCGGGAGGUGACCGUGAGAGGCGGGGAUGGGGGCGCCGCAGCUGGAUGGUCGCGGUGGCCUGGGCUGCUGACCGCGUACCCGGAGCCAGGAGUCGGCGGCGGCAGAGCACCGGGCAGUGUAUCUUCUAAUUUGAAAGUCUUCCAGGAAAACUUCAGUUUAAAAAAAUAAGUAAUGCCAUCAUCUGAUAUCUUAAAGGACUGAAAUGAGGGCUAUCAUUUUGAGAGUUCAACUUCAAAAGGCAUAAGGAGCUCAGUGCAGGGCUUGAACUCACAACGCUGAGAUCAAGACCUGAGGACCCCAUGGUUAUGAAUGUGCUUCAAUUUCAUAAUGCCUCCUGCUAUGGCAGACAUCCUUGACAUCUGGGCAGUGGAUUCACAGUUAGCGUCUGAUGGCUCCAUACCUGUGGAUUUCCUUUUGCCCACUGGGAUUUAUAUUCAGUUGGAGGUUCCUCGGGAAGCUACCAUUUCCUAUAUUAAACAGAUGUUAUGGAAGCAAGUUCACAAUUACCCAAUGUUUAACCUCCUUAUGGAAAUUGACUCCUAUAUGUUUGCAUGUGUGAAUCAAACUGCUGUAUAUGAGGAGCUUGAAGAUGAAACAAGAAGACUCUGUGAUGUCAGACCCUUUCUUCCAGUUCUCAAAUUAGUGACAAGAAGUUGUGACCCAGGGGAAAAAUUAGACUCAAAAAUUGGAGUCCUUAUAGGAAAAGGUCUGCAUGAAUUUGAUGCACUGAAGGAUCCUGAAGUGAAUGAAUUCCGAAUAAAAAUGCGCAAAUUCAGUGAGGAAAAGAUCCAGUCGCUUGUGGGAUUGUCUUGGAUGGAUUGGCUAAAGCAGACGUAUCCACCAGAACAUGAACCAUCAGUCCUUGAAAACUUAGAAGAUAAACUUUAUGGAGGAAAGCUCAUUGUGGCUGUUCAUUUUGAAAAUUGUCAGGUAGUAUUAUGUUAUUUUAAGAAAUACAUUGUAGUAAAUCUUUGAUUUUUACCUGAAUGC